AUGCUUGAAUUUCUUAACAAUCAGAGAAUAAUAUCAGUCUUCUUGUUUGGCUUAGUCUCCUGCAGCAGGGGCCUAGGUUACUGGAAGAUUCACGACUCCUAUAACUGCAAGUACAGGGCCAGUCACGAGAUCCAAAUCCCGGGGCAUAACAAAUUUGGUAUCAGAGCCGCUCGUGAUGACAAACCAAUCAGAGGAAUUUAUGAAGAAACUGGAAGCCUUCAUGACCCAACAAACCCAAAGCACAAAGCAAAGUCAAGGAAGAGGCAGGGGACAGGUUUCGGCUAUGGCAGUGCUCUAGAAGCUAAAGGACCGACAACUACCACGGUCGUCAGACGGGGAAAGGGUCCUGUUGGGGGACAACCAAAUGGAUCAGGUCGAGUAAUCGGGAAAGGGAAUGGUUCAUGGCGAACUGGGCAACCACAACCAUUUAAGCACAGUUGGGACCAGUACAGAACAGAAGGAUUUAUCCGCCAGGAGCGACCACAGAAGGAGUGGGAAGACUUUGAGGACACAGGGUACCGUGGCAACCGGGUACCAAGGUUCGCAAAGAUGGAAUUCCCGACUUAUGAUGGAAAAACUAACCCAACGGAGUGGCUACAAAAAUGUGAAGAUUUCUUUGAAGAACAACAAACACCAGUUGAUGCAUGGGUCCGACAAGCAACGUUUUCUCUGCAAGGGCGAGCCAGCAGUUGGUAUCAUAAUCUCAGGAGGAUGAAGGACAAAAUGACGUGGAAUGAUUUUUCAGAAGAAUGCAAAAUCCGGUUCGGCCCGCCUAUGAGCAUGAAUCCGCUAGGGGAGCUGACCCGCUUACGCCAACUUGGAACAGUGGAAGAUUACUGUGAAGGUUUCGAAUCCCUUUUGGGUCGUACCACGGGGGUCACACCAGAACAGAGUAUUUGGCACUUCUGUGCAGGUUUAACCAAUGCAAUUCGGUAUGAAGUUGAGUACGCGAAACCAAAUACCCUAUAUUUUGCCUUGAACCUAGCAAGGCAAAUCGAGCUCAAAUUGUCAGAAGAGGGCCAUGUUAGAGGGCUCGGAGCACCCCCAUCGGGAAGUCGACCCCCAAAUGCAAUCAGAAACCGGGAAGCAACAAGGGCAGCUGCUACAAAAAAAGAACCAAGGAACCCUACUUGGAAGCGUCUCACGACAUCUGAAAUGGCGGAACGGAGAGCAAAGGGGUUGUGCUUCAAUUGCGACGAGAUGUUCUCAGUCGGUCACAAGUGUGCCAAAUUGUUUUGCAUUAUGAUGGCAGAUGAGGACGAAGAAGAUCAGACUCAACUUGAAGUGACACCAAAAAUUUCGCUGAGUGCCAUACGUGGAGAAAAAACUGACAGAACCUUUCAGGUGCGAGCACUUAUUGGUUCCGGAACUGCAUGGGUGCUUCUUGAUAGUGGCAGCACCCAUAAUUUUAUUGCCAGCAGAGCAGCCGACCAACUGCAGGUCCCGGUGCAUCACUGCCCAGGACUUCGUGUCGCACUACCAGAUGGAGGGAGAAUAGCGAGUAGUGGGAUAAGUCGUAAUACACAAAUGACGGUUCAAGGCUACGAGUUUUCAGCCGAUUUCUUCGCUAUUCCACUGGAAGGGUUCGACAUGGUAUUAGGGAUUCAUUGGCUGAAACGAUUGGGGCGCAUCCUAUGGGAUUUUACAGUUAGGGAGAUGGAAUUUACUAUCGAUGGUAGGGCAAUUAAAUGGCAUGGCGAGACACCCGACACGACAACACUUGCUGCUCUUAGUGGUUCUGAUGAGAAUGAGCCAAACCUCGAUAAAUUAUUAGAGUCCUUUUCGGAUAUUUUUGAAAAACCCCAGGGUCUGCCCCCCUCUCGGUCAUGUGAUCACCAGAUCAGACUUCAUUCGGGCACCAAACCAGUUACGGUUGAAUACCGUGCAAGGGCCCUCAACAAGGCAGCAGACGCCUUAUCCAGGCGAGAAGAAGAGAUCGGGGUGGGUGAGCUGUUUGCUUUAUCAGAAGUCCGCAUAGAUAUUUUUUCUUCCCUCCAACAAGAGAUCGACACUAGUGCGGACCUUCAAGACUUGCGCCAACGGAUUAUAGGCGGUACCGAGGCGACCAAGUGGGAUCCACCUAGUUUGCUUAAUUAUAUGAGAGGUCACUGUAAGGUGGAUGCGGUAGACCAAGCCUUGAUCGACCGUACGACCUUCCUGCAAGAAGCACGCAACCGUCUGGCUGAAGCACAACAACGCAUGAAGACAACUUAUGAUGAUCACCACCGCCUUCUGGAGUUUCAGCCACAUCACGGGUUCCCACCUGAGAUAGUUACCGAACUUCCACAGCUCUUGGAUGGAAAGACUCUAUCUACUCCUGUCAAAGUGUUGCGUAUGCGGAAUUUGCAAGGCAAACCCGAGUUGUUGGUUCAGUGGGCUCCUGAUUCUGUCGAGAGUGCUACUUGGGAAGAUCAAGCCACCUUCCAGGAAGCUUAUCCAGAUUUUGAGCUUGAGGACAAGCUCAAUGCGGAGGAGGGGAGUAAUGUUAUGGUCGCCAAUAACAGAUAUGGCAAGGUUUAUCAGAAGCGUAAGAAAGAACCUAAGGCAAGUGGAGGAGGUUAA